AUGGACUUCGACUCCUGGUCUCACUCCUUCUGCCUCGCUUGCGACAAGCAGGUUCAAACUUCGACCGACGCCUACUGCUCCGAAUCUUGCAGACUGGCCGACUUCGAGAAGACCUCGACAACCUCCUCGCAAGCCAGCUCACCUGGCUUCGCUCCUCCUUCCUACCCUUGGACGUCGAAGACCUCCAGCUCUGGCUUCUACCUGUCUCCCGCCUACGACUUCUCCAACGCGAAGCCCUACGGCGCUCGACACAUGAGCCAACCAAACUGCAAGCCCUACGGCACCGAGCAGUCCACCGCCAACGUCCGAUCCCUCACCCCCUCAAGCUCCCACAGCAGCCUCUGCUCCAUGCAGAGCACCUCAACAACGGGCGAGUCAACUCAGCUGUCUGACAAGGCGAGGAAAGAGCUCCGAGCGUACGCUGUUUCAUUUGAGCAAGUGAGGAUGCAACGAAGACGAUCAUACUAA